AUGGCCGAAGGCCUUUGGAACGAAUUGGGCAAAGGAGAGUGGGAUGCCUACUCGGCAGGUUCACGCCCCUCAGGCUAUGUUCAUCCCUUGGCGAUCCGAGCGAUGAAAGAAAUCGGUUUGGAUAUCGCAGGCUACGAAAGCAAGCAGGCCGCUGACUUUCAGCACCAGCCAUUCGACUUGGUGAUCACCGUGUGCGAUAACGCCAAGGAAGAUUGCCCCAUUUAUCCGGAAGCCAAAGAAACACUGCACUGGCCGUUUGAAGACCCGGCCGAUGCGACCGGUUCGGACGACGAGAAGAUGGUGACGUUCCGCCGAAUCCGUGACGAAAUCAAGGCGUUUUACGAAAUGCUGCUGGGGACUAAACCGAGCAAGACACGUCCACGCUACGCGAAGUUCGAACCCGUCGAUCCAUCGGUUAAUCUUUCGUUGAAUCAGAUCGACGAAGAGUUCCAAGUCGAACAAGGCUCGGCCCAUUUCGGUAUUCAAGUCAAAUCGGUUGCUGAAGUGCAUGCCGCUGCCGAUCGCUUCAAAGCGGCGGGAGCCAAAGUCAUGCAUGAAGAAGCAACGACGUGCUGCUACGCCGUGCAAGAUAAAGUCUGGGUCGCCGAUCCAGAUGGGCACAAGUGGGAGAUCUUCGUCGUGUUGGAUGCCGAUGCCAAAGACGAAACGGUAGAUCGCCAGGACGAGCAUCGAACCAAGGCUGUGCUGCAAAUUUAUAUCCCCUUCUAUCGGGAUCGAGAGAAACUGGAACGUGCCAUUGAAAGCGUUCAGCGGCAAACUUCGUCCGACGUACAGCUGACGGUGCUGGACGAUGCCAGCGAGACGUUUGCGGAUGGGGCAAACGAUUUCUGUGAGCAGUACCCCGACAUUCGCUAUUCCCGAAAUCCCCAGAACCUGGGAAUGGUCGGCAAUUGGAAUCGUUCGUUUGAAGAUGACAGCCCGAUGCUUUCGAUCUUGCAUGCCGACGACGAACUGUUGCCUGACUACGCCGAAGCGAUGCAAGACGCUGCGGCCAAGUACCCCGAAGCGUCGCUCCUUUUCUGUUGGGCGAAGAUCAUCGACGACAAGGGGCGGGAGCUAUUCUCCUUUCCAGACUACGUCAAGCGAUUCCUUUACUCGCAAAAGGGAGACGUGACGCUGGCAGGGGAAGAAGCGGUUGCCAGCUUGCUGCGUGGUAACUACAUCUUUUGCCCAACGGUGGCAUUUCAAGUUGAAAACCUCAACGGGAUACGCUUCGAUCCACGCUGGCGAUUCGUGCAAGACUUGGACUUCGUGUUGCGC